AUAUCUACUUCAAAAUUGUGAUUUUAUAAAGAUGAUGACAAAUCAAGUAAUAUUAAAUUGGUAACAAUCACUAUUGAAAUAAGUUUCAUCUUUGCCACAAUCUUAAUUAUUAUUACAUCAAAAUGUCUAACGAAGAAAAUGCACUAAAAGUGUUUCUUUCAAAAUAUAAACAUCGUGACUAUACCUCCAAAGAAGUUACAAGUCUUAUACAAGUAUAUCGUGGCUUGACUUAUCGUCUAGAAGCUUUUGUAUUCAACAAUGGAGCAAGAAAGGAUUUGCUUAAUCUGGAAGGUACUAUUCCUGUGAAUUACAAAGGCGCUUAUUAUAAUAUACCAGUAUGCAUUUGGUUGAUGGACACUCAUCCACAAAACGCUCCUUUAUGUUUCGUGAAACCAACUACAGACAUGUCGAUUAAGGUCUCUAAAUUCGUAGAUAGCAAUGGCAAAGUGUAUUUGCCUUAUUUACAUGAGUGGAAGCCUAAUGGGUCAACCCUACAAAACCUUGUCCAAUGUAUGAUUACUGCUUUUGGUGAAUUGCCCCCUGUUUACUCCAAACCAAGAAAUGAGGUUCGAGCGCCAUACCCUACUGGGCCAUUUAUGCCACAACCUUCAGGGUACCCAUACGUUCAGCUUCCAGGACCUCCUAACCAAACUCCAUAUCCAACACCUAGCCCUUACCCAGCAACAUCAAACUUACCAUAUCCUAAUUUUGGCACUCCUUAUCCAGGACCUGCUAAUAUGAAUGGCACUCCUUAUCCUCCAAAUUUUGCACCAGCUACUAGCUAUGGUCCAAGCCCUGAUGUGGCAGGUGGUACAAUAACAGAAGAACAUAUUAAGGCUUCUCUACUGUCAGCUGUAGAAGAUAAACUAAGGAGAAGGCUAAAAGAACAAUCACAACAAUCACAAGCUGAACUUGAAACAUUACGUAGAACUCAACAAGAGUUACGUGAAGGAAAAACAAGACUUGAAGAUAUACUUGGUCGUUUACAAAGAGAAAGAACAGAUUUAGAUAAAAAUGUAGCGACUUUACAAGAAAAAGAGAAAGAAUUGCAAUCAGCUGUUGAAAGACUAGGAGGACAAGAGGGUAUAGAUGUUGAUGAAGCAGUAGUUACUACAGCACCCCUGUACUCACAGCUAUUAAAUGCAUUUGCUGAAGAAGCAACACUUGAAGAUGCAAUUUAUUAUAUGGGUGAAGCUUUACGAAAAGAAGUUAUUGAUUUAGAUACUUUUCUGAAACAGGUGCGUACUCUAGCACGCCGUCAAUUUACUUUGAGGGCCCUAAUGCAUAAGUGCAGGCAAAAGGCACAAUUGGCUUGUUAAUGAAAUAUUUUGUUAUUUGUACUACCAUAUUACUCACAUGAUAAGCUGUGCUUCUAUUUUAUUUUAGUUUAGUUUUAAUCAUACCGAUAUUUACUUGAGUAGAAUUAUUUAAUGAUAUAUGCCACAUUAUUGCUUUAAUGGUUCUGCUGUUUGGUUAGUUGAAACAAACAUUUAUUAUUAACAAUACCUAGUGCUAUGUAUUUGAAUUAGCUUUCAAUAAUUACCCUAACAUAUCAAGGGUUGUUUACUUCUUGUAUCAUUAAAUGUAAUGCAUGAGA